AUGUCAAAAACCAGCAGAAUCGAUGAAACAAAUUUCGAAAUCAAUCGCCGUCGCAAUGUAAAACCCCACUUCGAACCCAAUCAUAUUUAUAUCACACGAAAAACGAAUAUCGAACAACAAUCCAAAAAAGCCGCCGAAAUGCUCAACAACUCCUUCGACGAGAUUUUCAUUCAUGGAAUGGGCGCUAGUUUGAAUAAAGCAAUGGUUUUUGCAUUAGAAGUUGAACGAAAAUUCGCGGGAAGUGUCAAAUCCGAUGUUCUUACUUCAACAGUUCAAGUCACCGAUGAAAUCUUCUCAUUUUCCGACGAACAUGAGAAUAAUCUUCGAAACCGCCCAAUUUCCGCCGUUCAUAUUCAUCUUUAUCGUGUUAUUGUUUGA